AUGCAUUUCAAAGGAAUUUCGUCAGUGGCUUUGGGCUUGUUGGUGGCGCAUUCGGUUGUCGCAAGCCCGUGUAAACCGGUCACCUCGCGUGCCAGCUCUACUGUCUUGACUACUGCUUCAAAUUCUAUAACAUCUAUCCCGACGUCGUCCUCAACAGGCUCUGAAACAACUGUCUUGGAGACAGCGUUGGCCCAGAGUGAGACUGCUAAUACCGCGGAGACAAGUGUCACUGGUGCUGUUACAACCACUACGGUUGCCAUCGAUACAGUCACUACCAGUGCGAAGUCAUCUACAGAGAUUGGAAUUUCUUCAAAUGCGAUUGGUACAAGUACCCUCGCCACUGAGGCUACGGCUGUACCUGAAGUUAGUACUUCCAUGGCUGAUGAUACUACGAGUAUCGCUGUCCCAUCGACAGCUGGAAGCACUACCACCACCGAUACAACGGAGGCUGGGGCAGUCACUGAAACUUCAACUACUAUCGACACCACCGCAACUACCGCAAAGACAACAGCCGGGACUGAAACUACUAGUAGUGCAGUUGGUGCAACCACUACCUUAACUGAAACAUCGCCUACAGAUGGUUCAACAAUUAUUGUCGAGGAGAGCACAGCACAAACAUCCGUGGAUAGUACAACAAUCACGGCCAAGGACACCGCUACAUCUGUAUCUGUGGACACCACGACGACAACUAAUGAGAGCUCAACAACCACUGAUAGCAUCACAUCUUCUUCAGAAGGCAGUACAACAGCCCAAGCAACAGAUGAUACUACCUCAGCCUCCAGUAGCGACACUACCGCAACCAGUGAAAGUAUCAUUGCUAUUACGACUUCGUCCGAAGGUACUGCUACAACAACGUCUGGAGACAAAACGAGCAGUGAUCAAGACACUACGACUACUAUCGCGACUACAUCUGAGAGUGGUGCUUCACCUGGCACGACUUCAUCGGAAGAUAGCACUACAACGACCAAGGAUAGUACUUCUGCUAUCAAAACAUCAGAAGACAGUACUGCAACAUCUGGGGACAUCCCUACAACAACCGUCACAACGUCAUCUGGAGGCAGAACUACAUCAUCCGAGGACAGCACUACCACUGAAGCAACUUCAGCAAAAGCCAGCAUUCAAACAUCUGGACUGGGCACAACAACUUCUGGUGACUGCACUACCGCCACUGUUACUUUAUCAAAGGAGACCAGUACAACAACUGAUGAAACGACUACUACCACUGCUACUGUGGAGGGCAGCACUACAACUUCUAUAGAAAGUACUACAAGAGCUAAAGAAAGCACAACAACGGCUGAACAGAGUACUACAACGAGUGAUGAGAUCACUACCACCACUUCCGAGACAACUACCGCAGCGGGCACCACCACCACUGGCUGUCCUCCUCCAACCACCGUCCUCGCAGACCCAACACCUCUAUUCACCUCAGGAGAUUUCCACAUGGACGAAUACGACACCGUUAACCUCCCUUUCCCAGUCGGCAUAUAUGGCCACCUCUCAAGCACAGUCUAUGUUAGUACAAUCGGCAUGUUAACCCUCGUAGCCCCAGACAACUUCUACGAGGGUAACUACGAGCUGCCGUUUACUACAUACUACCCAUCGGUGGCUAUCUUUCCAUACUGGAUUGAGUAUAUGUAUAUGAUGUCCGAUGUCUGCAACUCAGGCAUCUCGUACGAGGUUUAUCAGACGUCUAGGGGGCAGACAUUCACUGUUGAGUACACCAUGGGUGCGCUACGCGAUGAUGGUUCUACAGACACAGUUCACUUCACCGUUAGCUUGUAUAAAGAUCAUCCUGGGUUGGUGAGAUUCGUGUACUAUCGCACUUAUGCUGUUGACCACCCCACUGUUGGUGUCCAAGCUGGUGACGACUCUUACUCGCAGUACUCUUUUGGCAUGGCGAUACCAGAAAACUCCUACGUCGAGAUUGAUACGAGCAGUGGAGAUGCUUUCACGACUAGUGGCCAGCUGUGA